UUAAACAAAACCCAUUUAUUUUAUCGUAUUUUUGUUUCUUAGUUGUACUUCUAGUUUCUAACAAUCUUAAUGUUUUAUAUUUUUGUGCCAUUUUAUGCUUCAAGUAUUACGUUUUUCUUCUAACAUGAUCAUGUUACAUAUAUUAGUGUGAUAAGAUUCGGACCCGGUAUAACUGCAUUGUUUUAGAAUUCUGGAUCCGGUUUCACAUUUUUGAGGAUCGAGACACGAAAACCCGACAAAAGCGCAAUCUUAAUAUCUGAUAUUUAACAAAUUUCUUCUUGUUUUUCGAAGAUAACAAUAAUUCGAAGAAUAUUUGUGUCAAAUAAAGAAAAGAUCGAAAAAUCCUUAAAAUGUGAUUUUUCUGUCCGAACCCAUUUUUGGGCGAGUAUUCAGAGUCCGAUUUUGUAUCCAAUCGUUAUUUGUAAUGGAUCCUGAUUUUGUCCCUGAACAUGCCUUGAACCUUUGUACUUAAAAUUUAUUUAGAUUCAAUAGGUUUGCAAGAUAGUGUUAAACAGUUUAAAAUAUCGUUUUAUUGUUUCAGAAAAAAGAAUGGAAGAGAAUAAGAUUGUCAAGUUCUUUAAACGAAAUGCUAUGCUGACAACAAUGGGUGUCAUACUUGUCGGCAGUCAUAUAGGCUGGAGGUGGAUUCAAGACCAGGAACAUAUUAUUCCUAAAUCUCAGCGAAGUGAUUACCCUUGGGUAGAGAUUGGACGGAUUGUGAAGAGAGAAUAUUCAAAUUCCCAGAGCUCGGACAAAUCAGAUUAAAUAUCCAUAUUUUCCUGCAGAACAGAAACCAAAAUAUUUGCAUGGACACCCUUUAGUAGACGAUUAUAUUAAAGUAAAAUUUUAUCUGUAUUGAAGAAAAAUAGUUGUAAUCUUAACAAUAUAUUUGCAGACUAAAAUAUGGAUGAAAAUGAGGAUGAGAAGCUUGCUCGGAUGCUUCAAUCACAGUUUGAUCAGGAGGCAAAUUCUGAGAUGGCUCCUUUUUUACCACCUUCUUACAGAACCCCUCAGAAAAGCUCUAAAAUCUCUGUUGUAUCUAACGACUGGGAAACUAUCGAUCCCACACCUGACCUUCACGCUCUUUUCAUUCAGUUCAACGAAACAUUCUUCUGGGGUCAAUUACUCAGUUGUGAGGUCCGUUGGUCCCCCCGGAUGACGACAUGUGCUGGAAUCUGUAGAUAUAGUCCUAGAGAACGCUUCUGUACAAUAGGAAUAUCCAUACCCCUGCUGAAACUACGACCUAGGAAGGAUCUGGUUGAAACUCUUCUCCAUGAGAUGAUCCACGCCUACCUUUUUGUUACAGACAACAACGAUAACCAUGACGGGCAUGGGCCUGAGUUUCAUAAACAUAUGUACAGGAUCAAUCAAGCAACAGGAGCAAAUAUAUCGGUUUAUCACACGUUUCAUGACGAAGUUGCUUUGUAUAAACAACAUUGGUGGAGAUGUGGAGGACCCUGUACUAAACGUCCACCUUUCUAUGGGUUUGUGAAGAGAGCCAUGAACCGAGCUCCAGGACCAUCAGAUAGGUGGUGGAGUCAACAUGAGAAUACCUGUGGUGGAAAGUAUACAAAGGUCAAGGAACCGGAGGGGUAUGGAAAGAAGGGAAAAGAAAAUAAAAAAGCUUCGUCUAUUGCUACAAACGCAGGAGGACAGCGAGAUAUCAGAACCAUGUUUGGUUCUUCCUCAUCAACCCAGUCAACCCCAUUAGAGGAUACCAAACCAAGGAAGAAACCAAACUCCGUUCCAAAACCAAACUCAGUUCCAAAACCAAACUCAGUUCCAAAACCAAGCUCAGUUCCAAAACCUAACUCAGUCUCUAAACCAAACUCUGGUACGAAAGGGAAUGGUUCAUCUCCUUCAAAGAGAGGAGGAGGGGGACGGGGUAAUAUAUUUGGGUUUGGAGGAUCUAGUUUCAAUAGUCCCGGAGGAGCAGGAGGAGGAUUGAAAACUACUGGAAAAUCUGGAACCUUAGUUGUUAAACCUGGCUGGAAAACCAAGGAUAAUUCAUCGACAGGGACUGUUUUGAACUCUGUUCCGGAGUCCGAACCUUCAGCUCCACAGUCUGCUCAAUCCUUUCACGGAGCAGGGUUAACCCUCUCCGGAGCGGAGCAAUCCACCUCCGGAUCCCAGAAGAAUUUAUCAGCGCGAGAAAUGGCAAGAUUAAGAUGGGCAAAUUCCUUCCCCGCACAGACCACGUCCCUGACUACCAACCAAAAUUCUAGAAUCGUCGAACUUUCUCCAAUAACCUCGGAUGGUUCCAACCGUUUAUCUAAUCCUGGACAUAGCGGGAUUACUUUACCUGAACCUGCUACCGGAGUCAACUCUAAACCUGGUUCCUCUUCUACUGCUGAAUGUCCAGUUUGCGGAGUAGCAGUAGCGGAGGAAACCAUGAACUCUCAUCUUGAUCAAUGUUUAGUAUCAGAGGAAAACCAGAAAGAGAAAGAUGACUAUCUGCUUGAUGAUGAUGAAGAUGCUCUUCUUCUGUCUGUAGCUGAAAACUCAGUGAUUAGUAUUCCAGAAAGUGAUGAGGAGGAUGAUAAACCUUUGCUUGCCUAUAGUGAUGAUGUUGAUGAUGAUGAUGACGAUGGCGAGCCUCUUAUAAAGAAAAGAAUGGGAGAAACUAACAGCUCUUUGGAACAGGAUGAGAAUGAUCUUCUGUUCUCUUUGGAGGAUAGAGUUGAGGAUAAGGACGGAGAGUUUGCUUGUCCAGUUUGUAAAAAGCUGAUCAAGAACACGGAGAUGAAUUCUCAUCUGGAUAUCUGUCUCUCAUGAUAUCCAGAUAACUCCUGAAUAUCUGUCUAAUGAUAUCCAGACAAAUCAUCUGGAUAUAUGUCUUCCGCCAUGCUAUAUCCAGACAAAUCGUUUAAAUAUUUGUCUAUAUUGAUAUUCUGAUAAAUCAUCUGGAUAUCUGUCUCCAAAAACAUCCAGAUAAAUCAUUUGGAUAUUUGGCUUUAUUAACAUCCAAAAAACAUCAUACGUCAAACAAAUCGAGAUUUCUCUUUGUUAAAAAAAUCUGCAUUCAGAUCAAUUCUAAUUAGAAAUCUGAAUAUAUGUAUUCUAUAGUAAUCAUGGCGAUGGUCUGGAUCCUAGAAACCUAUGAUAUGGAAAAAUUUGUGAUAUUUUAUUUUGUGAUAAAAUGUGAAAAAUGUUAGUGACGAAUAUAUGUUUUCAGAA